GUAAAAAUUAAACAUUAAAGAAAACGUUUGUUUUGUGGCACAUCAUGAGGAAGCCUCCAACACCACAACAACAGGCUGACCAUAAACCCACUCUGUACAGCACCACCACUGCACCUGCGCAAACCACAAAUAUGUACCAGCUUGCCAAACCGUGGCAAUUAGAAAACAAAAACUCUCGCUGAACUCUCUUGACGAUGCUGUUUGUGAAACUGUCCGCAGAAGUGCUUCAGAGAAGAAGUUAAAUGGGAACCGAAACAGUGAUUUAGUGACAACUAUUCAUCCUCUGAGAUCACUAACCAUCCUUCUUUUGACACAUCAUGUGAUGAAGUGGCCUUUCUGUCUCUCAGUACACAAAACCAGAUGCACUGACCUGACAGUUGAGCUGAUGUGGUUUUCACUUCAGAUGGCGGGUAGGAGCAGGCUUCUGCCCUUUGCUUGUCUGGGGUUUUUCGGGGUCCUGUGCUGGGUCUGGGUCUCCUUUGCCUCCUUUCCAGAUGACCAGGUGCUUCCCCUGGAGGCCUUGGAUGCACUUGACCGAGGAGCCUUUCAGCCUCAGAGUGCUCUCUCAGAGAUGGAGUUUGCCUCUGUGGUUUCAUACAGAGGACCAGGAAACCGCGACCGUCGCAGUAACAAGGAGCUGCCCAUUCUCCUCUGGUGGAGCGGUGGGCUGUUCCCACAUUUUCCAGGCGACACUGAGCGCAUCGACUGUGCCACGUCCUCCUGUCUGGUCACAAGCAAUCGUAAGGUGCAGCUGUACAAACGGACAACAUCCAUCAUCUUUUAUGGGACAGACUUCCGGGCAUAUGAGGCGCCUCUCCCUCGUCUCCGCCACCAAACCUGGGCACUGUUCCACGAAGAGUCACCUAUGAAUAACUAUGUCCUCUCUCAUGGACCGGGAAUCCGGCUGUUCAAUUACACCGCUACGUUUCGCAGGGAGUCAGACUAUCCCUUGACCCUUCAGUGGCUUCCUUCUCUGGAGUACUUGCUGGAGCCUGUAGCUGUGUCCUUGGAAGAGAAGAACCGCCUGAGGAGGGAGGGUCUGGCUCCAGUGCUCUACAUGCAGUCUCACUGUGAUGUACCGUCAGACAGAGACAGAUAUGUAAAGGAGCUCAUGAAGUACAUAAAGAUCGAUUCUUAUGGGAAAUGCUUGAACAACAAACCCCUACCAGAAUAUCUGGAGGACACGGCCACUGCUACCGGUGAAGAACCGAAAUUCAUGAAUUUUGUGGCGCGCUACAAGUUCCACCUGGCUCUGGAGAAUGGCCUCUGUCCAGAUUACAUGACUGAGAAGCUGUGGCGGCCUCUCCACCAGGGGUGCGUUCCCGUUUAUCGAGGUGCUUCCGCGGUGGCGGACUGGAUGCCCAACGACCGCUCGGUGAUCAUCGUAGAUGACUUCCCCUCACCCAAAGCUCUUGCUGACUUCCUCAUACAGCUGGACGAGAAUGACGAUGAAUAUGCGAAAUAUUUAGAGUUCAAGAACCCCAGCCGCAUCACUAAUACUCGUUUGCUAGAGUCACUGAAGACUCGCGAGUGGGGGGUGAAUGACAUGAGUAAACCCAACUACCUGAAUGGAUUUGAAUGUUACGUGUGUGACCAGGAGAAUGCUCGAUUAGCUGCAGAGCGAGCACAUAAGAAGGCCCCUAAGAUGAAUCAACCACCUCGGCCUAAAAUGGCCAAUAACUCUCACAUGGGUUGCCCGCUCCCCAGCCCGGGAUAUGGAGAUGUCAAAGACUUACCUUCAGACGAUGGAUGGUUGCAAAUAUGGCCUCAGGAUUACUGGCAGAGCCUCGACCAAGCAGAGGGGCUGGAGUCUCUGAUAAGACACAACGAGUCAGACCCUUCUCUGCUGUGGAAGCACAUGCAAAGCAUUGCUGUGAGCAGAGCCAGAGGAAAACACUGACACAGGCCUUGAAACAAACGGAGGAUGGAGUCCGUCCAGGAUUAUAGGAGUGCCCCAGAUUAUCUAUCCCCCCUCUUGUUUAAAUGAGGGAAUGAAGUACACAUUGCUCAUAGUUUUGCACCCAAGCCAACCCCCACCCCCUUUUUUACCCAUGUGAGUAGUUUAGUUAUCCUGAAACAAAUUUUGCUAUUUUGUUGAGCUGACAUUAAACUUUGCCUUCAUCCCACGCUCAGUAAUGGGAAAAUAACGUUCUAGACUGUUAUAUGCUAAUAUUUUCCAACCGGUUUUAUCACCGUAGCUGAGGUUCCAUUAUAUUGCCCAUAGUUAGCAUUAACUACUUGGAGGACCAUUGUCCCAAAUGGGCACACUCUCAUGGGAUGCGGCUUUUCAUUAGACUGGGGCAGAGCCAAAGACUUGUCCUCUGUACCGCGGGAGCUCUGCCUAACUGUGUGUGAAGACCAUCAAGGCGGUAGCCAAACGACUGCAUCAGCUUCUUUACAGUUACUCAGCAGGUAGCUGAUGGCUAUUAGCUAAAAUCCCAUUUAGAUGCAAAGCUAUUGUGACUAUGCAAGGAAAAUAUUAUUUCGCCAAGCAGAGGAGAGGUGCAAAUGUAAAUUUAGUACAACCUCGCAUAGGGACGUUACCACUGUUCUCAGGAUCAGCUCAGCUUGGAACAACUCUGAAUUUUUAUGUUAGAAUAUCACCUUGUCUGACAAUUUUCUGUUACAUCAUUUAGGAUCAUGUGCAAUAAUUUGCAAUCAUUCUUUUCUGAAACACUCUUGAGACUCAUGCAUCUGGUAGCAAACUACUUUUAUAUGACAUGUUUACACCAGGAUUAUAGAAAUCGUUUUAUUUUGCUAACAAAGCAUCAUACAUGCAAACACUAUUUUGUAUCAAGAAGAGCAAAAAAUAAGUAAAUAUUUUGUAACCAA